AUUUCAAAUAAAUUAUUAAACUUCUAAAAUAAAUUCAAUGGCGAGUGUGAAAGAUCAGGGUUCAAAGGGAAACUUUGAUCCUACAAAGCAUAUACCUCCUUGCUAUGAUAUCAGAGGGCAUAUAAAACCUCCAAAAGAUGCUGUGGUGGCUGAUACAUUCACUAAUGGGCUUAACUCAACAGAUGUGAAGAUACCUUCAUCCUGGAAUGGCUCUCAGCCAGGAAAGACUAGGACAACUCUCAAACAAGUUCAUAAAGAGAGCCUUGUACCUCAUCCCAGUUAUGACAUUGAUGGUGACGGUAUGGUUGGUGAGAGAGAUCUCCUAAUCUCAAAAAUGUUCGAUUCUAAUAAAGACGGAAUCCUUGAUGCCCAAGAGAAAGAAAAUGCUAUGAAUAACCUCCAGAAAUACACUAAAAACUUAAGAAGAACAAAUGAAAUGAAGGAGUGCUCUCUAUGGGGCCUCAACAAACACACUAAGAACACUUAUUACAGAGUUGGUCAUAAGAAGAGACUUUGCUCGGAUUUUGAUGACCAUAAGCAUUACAAAACUCUACCUUGAACUGAGAAAGCAGUCUGUAAUAAGACUAUGACAGAUUUGAAAUUUAACAGAAAGAAGGCAGAUAAGGCUAAAUUGGAGAAAUUGAAAGCUGAAUGGGACCUUAGAAAUCCUUCUGAGGAAACUAGACCUUACAUUCGGAAUGAAUUCUUUGUGGACAAGCCUUCACAUACUUCCAUCAUUCAGAUAAAAAGCGAGAAGAAGAAAGAAAUUAGGAAGAAAGCAGGAUUAAAGGAAGAAUCUGAUUUCUUAGUCAGUGAGAAGCCUCCUCCAACUCUUUCAUAUGUAAAGAAGCCUCAAGCACCGGGGAAGAGCUACCUUCAUGAACAGCGAAGACACCAGAAUUUCACUGAGCUCAGAAAUCUGGAGAAGAAGCAAGGCAAUAUCGAAACAGGCAUUGACAGACUGAUUAAAAAGGAAGAAGCUGUCUUUAGCCUUGGUCAUGCAGAUCACAGGAAAACAAAGGAAAUGGUUGUUGAAAGAAGACGCAAGGAGAUGCUAAACAAUAACAUGCGUGUGUUUGGUAAUGUGGCUAUUGGCAUCCACGGCAAAGAACUUCCAAAAUAUCACAAGACUAUGGCUGAAUGGUGGGCGAAUAAAAGAGGAUUUAAAGACAAACCUCAAGAAAAUUCCUUAUUGAGAUUCAAACAGAGUACAAAAUAUUGGGCAAAGGAUGAUAAUAUUCUUUUGUGAGAUUUCUUACCAGAUGAGCCUAAGAUAGAUGAUUUCAAACAAACUCAUGUAAAACAGAAGAGAAAGAACCAAGUUGCAGAAGGUCCUCACAAGAUCAAAAGGCCAUGCAAGAGAGAAAACUUUAUCUUAAGGGAUAAGACCCAAAAACCUAUAAGAAAGUAUAGAUGGACUUCUGUGGAAGAUCAGUUUGUUGAAAGAAAUCAUAAAUUUGCUAAAGAAAUUGAUAAGACUCAUGCUGAGAGGGGAGACUAUGAACCUUUAUAUUCUUCAUUCAAUCCUAAUGGGACUUUCCAUCCUCCUCCUACUACAUUUGAUAUGUUAAAUAAGCAAAAAGAGUAUAAUCAAAAAGCUUGUGCUUCUGCAACAAUGACCAAUAAAAGUAUGGGCUUAAGAGCUCAUACGGCUGUUCCUCCUGAAGAGUCUCUAAUUGGAACUGGGAAUAAUAGCAUUAACCUGUUCACAAGAGCGACUACUGUAGAUGCUCCUUCUAUGACAGGAGGAGCCAACAGAUCAUUCAAAGCUUCUACUUUCAAGGGUAUUCGAUCAGGUGCUUUCAAGCAGUUCUAA